CCACCUCGGGCUUUGACCGCCACCUUUUCCGUAAUCUCUCCAGAACUAGCCGUUAUUCUUGCAGACAAUGUCGGGCCAGUUCUGGUUCCCGUUUAUGAAGUAUGACGAGAUUGUUGAGGCGUUCCAAGAGCUAGGCUUGGUCGUCUCCGAGCACUCGCUCAGGAAUCCGACUCCUGAGCUGGUUACGACCGUGUAUGGCACUUGCCUUCAGCAGGUCACAAACCUCAAUGAAAAUUCCUUUCAGCCGGCUGUGCAGAGAGCACUGCAGCAUCUAGACAGUUCUGAUAUGUAUUCGUCUGCCCUUGCACAGAACAUCUUACUUCACCACCUACAACGUUUUGCACGCGCAGCCAAGAUAGCCGAUUUCAAUGCGAAGGACCUAGCCGCGCCAGAACCAGAGCGGACACGCGCACACUUCUCCGCGUUCAUAAACCUCGUCAAGUUCUCACAGCAGCGUGCAGAUUUUAUACAAGAUUUACGCUCCAAGUCCGCUUCUAUUAACCAGGAGCGCGCGGAAGUCAACCGGAGGCUAGCCGAGGUGCAGUCAGAAGUGGUCGCCAUAAAAUACAAGAUGGCAGAAGAAGAGCCAAGAUGCGAGACCCUGCGACAAGAGAAUGAGGCUCUGACUGUAUACCUCAUCAAAUGUCGCGAUACACAGCUGGCCUUGCUACAGACUGUCAAGGACAUGAAGCAACAACGGGCAGAGCUGUUGCAGCGCAAGGAGCAAAUGCAAACAACUAUUGACGAGCUCGGCGAGCUCAUCUCGCGAACUCGUUCGCGUAUUGUACAGUCUCCGGACCGCCUCAAGCGCAAGAUCAGCGACAUGGCUGCAACGGUGACCGAGGAUAAACAUACCUCUGCUUUACAUGAGACCAAGAUCCGCGACCUACAGGUCAAAGCUGGCGCGUUGGUUGCGAUCGAAAAGGACGUGCGUGCGUGCGUCGAACAGCUGCAGGCGAUCGAGAAGGAGGUCACACUGCUCGAGCAGAGUCGCAAAGCACUCGCAGAGCUCAAAGACCAGCUCGCAGAGAAGCACGCAGAGGAGAGUGAGCUUGUACGCAAGAGCGAGCGCGUGCGCAUACAGUAUGCGAAUGCUGUCGAAAAGCUCGAUCGCGCGGAGAAGCAUGCUAAAGACAAGCGUGACGCGAGCCAGAAAACGAUUGAGCGGUUGCAGCGCGAGUACGAGCAGAUGGACCAUGACCGUCGCGAUAACGACCGGCAGGUUGAAGAGCUGCGCGCGCAGGCAGACGAAGUUGAACGAAGUACGGCAGAGCACAUGAAACAGAGCCAGAAAGAGCUCAACGAGCUGCUGACAGAGUACUGGAAGCUUCGGCAUGCCACUGAGGUUUACAUGGAGACUCUCGCAAAUAAGCUAGGGAUGCAAGUUACUAGCACUUAGAGUACUGUAAACUACAUGUAGUUGUAUAGAUUGUAUGAUACCCUGUAACUUAUGUCUGAUAUACCUGUCUUCGGGCCAUGUGGCAAAAGCACAUGCUCCUACCGAAUACUGGUAUGAUAGCAGAAUGAACCCGCAGAUGUACAUAUACACGCCAGAGCGAGCAACGCCUACAAGACAUCCUCAUCGCCGACGGCCCGCUUUCUUUCUUGAGUGUGGGCUCCCCUUCUUAGCUUCCUUGCAUGCAGGACACAGCCAAGUUCCCUUGGGCACACGAGUGAUACCAAGGCACUCAAAAUGGUACUAGACUAUUAU